AUGCUGUACAACAAUACUCGCAUUCUUCAAAUCAAUCUAAACAAGAGCCCUCAAGCAACCGAAAGUGCUCUCCAACUUGCUUUAGAACUCAAAAUUGAUCUCAUAGUCAUUCAAGAACCCUGGAUCCUCUCGAAUCCUGAGAAAGACUUCUCCUCAACCAGAUCUAUUGCCCACUCUAGCUUCUCUCAACUCCUCCCAAAUAAUCCUUCGAACCUGCGUCCCCGAACUAUGAUCUACAUUUCAAAAGGAUUCAAACCGCUGGUAGCCCUAGCUCCCAACUCCCCUAAUGAUCCAGAUACUCAAAUCAUUGAUAUCACUCAAGGAAAACAUACAAUACAACUCAUCAAUAUCUACAAUGAAGCGGACCAAGCCAAAGAAAAAGGCCACACCAUCGAAAGAUGCCUUUACAAUACCCCUCUUACUCAUCACACCAUCCUCGUAGGAGAUUUCAACUCCCAUCACCCUUGGUGGGACCCCUUCUCUAACAAAAGCUCAAAUGCCGACCUACUCACCGAAUGGUUUGAGGAUCACAAUCUCAUUCUAUUUAACGAACCAGGCACGAGCACCUUUUAUCGAACAAAUAUGACAAAUCCAAGUGUCUUAGACCUUACUUUAGCCACAGAUUCAGUAUCUCCCUAUAUCACUGAUUGGCAAGUCCUCCCGGAUCUUGGAUCAGAUCACUUAAGCAUUCUCUUUGAAGUAAAGGGCACUUUAUCCCGUACAACGAAUAUAGCUCAGCCAGCAAGAUUCAAUACAAAACUUGCGGAUUGGGAAAAAUUCGCGAAUACCCUCAAAUCGAAAAUAUCGAUAUCAACCACCUUAAAUUCGAGUGAAUACCUUAAUAUCGCUACCUCAGAAUCCAACUCUCUUGAUUCCCUUCUCGACAAGAGCCAAUACAUACAAGUAUUGGAUGAAGCUGCAAAAGAAUUCACCCGAAUAAUCACUUAUUCGGCUGAAACCAGUAUACCGAGAAUCAAGUCCACAAAAAGAGCUAAACCCUGGUGGUCCCCAGAGCUGAAAGCCCUUCGAAAACGACUCUCUAAUGCAUUUGAGAACGCCAAGAUUUACCCGGAAGACGAUAUGUUCAAGAAAAUCUACCAGUCAGCCAGGAAUCAUUACUUCCAAGCUAUUAAAACAGCAAAGAAAAACCAUUGGAAUGAGUUCCUUGAAAAAGAGGAUACCCAAUCCAUAUUCAAGGCAAUGUCAUACACAAAAGAUAUACAAACCGAACGAAUCCCGAAUAUUUGA